AUGUCCGGCCGCUUUGUGCGCGCGUCGAAAUAUCGACACGUCUUUGGCAAGCCCACCAAGAAGGAGUUUUGCUAUGACAACCUCCACAUCAGCCGCAAUGCCUGGGACACGAACCUGGUGAAGGUCAACCCCGAGUACCUCUCGGUCAACUGGGAGUCGGCAGGUGGCGGCGCCUUCGCCGUCAUCCCCCUCAACGAGCGCGGCAAGCUGCCCGACCAAAUACCCCUCUUCCGCGGCCACACUGCCCCCGUGCUGGACACGGACUGGAACCCCUUCAACGACCACAUCAUCGCCUCAGCAUCUGAGGACACUAAGGUCUUCAUUUGGGAAGUGCCAAAGGGUUUUACUCUCUACACCGAUGCCGAGGAGAUCCCCGAUGUCGCUCCCGUCGCCAAACUUUCGGGCCAUUCCCGCAAGGUCGGCCAUGUCCUGUUCAACCCCGCCGCUGAGAACAUCCUGGCCUCGUCGUCGGGCGAUUUCACCCUCAAGAUCUGGGACAUCAGCACCGGCCAGGCCCCGUUGACCCUGCGCCAUCCGGACAUCGUGCAGUCGCUGUCAUGGAGCGCCAACGGCGCCAUGCUGGUGACUACCUGCCGCGACAAGAAGCUGCGCGUGUGGGAUGUGCGAACCGAGAAGCCCGUUCAUGAAGCCCCUGGCCACGAGGGUGCCAAGAACAGUCGUGCUGUAUGGAUGGGCGAGCACAACCGUAUUGCGACUACUGGUUUCUCGCGCAUGAGCGAGCGCCAGAUCGGCUUGUGGGAGCCCGGUCGCAAGGACCCCAUUGGCGGGUUUGUGUCGCUCGACUCUAUCUCUGGUGUCUGUAUGCCCUUCUGGGAUGACGGCUCCAACUGCCUGUACUUGGCCGGCAAGGGCGACGGCAACAUUCGCUACUUCGAGUACGAGAAUGACAAGUUCGAGUUCUUGUCCGAGUAUAAGUCAGCCGAUCCCCAGCGUGGUAUCGGCUUCCUACCCCGCCGUGGCGUCAACGUCCACGAGAACGAAGUCAUGCGCGCUUACAAGACCGUCAACGAUACCUACAUCGAGCCCAUUUCGUUUACUGUGCCCCGUCGCGCCGAGACCUUCCAGGCUGAUAUCUACCCUCCUGCUGUUGGUCUUCGCCCGGCUGUGUCGGCCAAGGAGUGGUUCGAUGGCAAGACCGCCAUCCCGCCAAAGAUCGAUUUCGAGGCCAUCUAUGAGGGCCGUGGUGUGGUCGAGGUAUCCGGCGCGACUCCCUCGUCCGUGCCGGUGCCAGCUCCUAAAGAGCCCGAGCCUGCCCCGAAGACGGAGCCCGAGCCGGCCCCGGCCCCGGCCCCAGCCCCAGCCAAGGAGGAACCCAAGAAGGAGGAGCCUGCCCCUCGAUCUCGCCCAGUCAGCCUGGCUGACCAGAAAUCCGCCCUCGCCUCAAUGGCCGCCAAGUACAAGGACGCUGAGUCCGACAACAGCGAUGCCGAGACUUCCAGCUUCGAAGAGAUCCCCAAGCCCCCUCCCCAGCGCUCCAGCAUGAUCGCUUCCUCUGCCCGCUCCAGCAUCAUCUCCCCGACCCCGACCGCCACCCGUUCCAGACCCGAGUCCCUCGCCACAGGCGUUCCUCCUUCCGUCCGCAACUCCCGCUCUUCCGCUCCCACCGCAGCCUCCUCGCCGACUCGUUCCCCGCAAUCUAUUACUCCUCCGCUGUCUGCUCGCCCAGGCAACGGCAGGACUUCUGGCCGGGCGUCCCCCACGUCCUUUAGCAGCGCCGUCGAGGCCGCCCUGCAGCAGAUCAAGCAGGUGUUGGAGCAGCAGGCCAAGGUGAUUAGCGACCAAAGCGAGCGGAUUACGGUGCAGACGCAGAUCAUUACACGGUUGGCAAGCGAAGUGGAGACGUUGAAGAAGAAGGUUGCGGGGGCAGAGGGGUUGGCGGAGCAAAGCGCAAGUGAGAGGAUUCGGCAGUUGGAGUUGGAGUUGGAGGAAGCUAGGUCUUGA